UGUAUCCAGUAACCUAACAUCGGCAGUGCCUCAGCUCAAGCCAUCUGCUCUACGAGCUCUUGGAGAUAAGCGGUUCUCGGAUUGGAGUGUCAUAGGAAAAAUUAAUUAUAAUUGAAAGCCUGUAGAAAAUCGAGGACCUCGCUGGCUGGAAGGCCCGGCACGGCAGAUGGCUCGCUAGCCCCCUGGGAGAGAGCUGGCGGCCGCGAUCGCGCGCCGGAGCCGUGAGCUGUGAGAGAGACGAGCAUGGCCCUGAUUGGCCGCCCGAUCCAGAUGUGCCCGAGCAGCAGCAGCAGCAGCAGCAGCAGCGGUGGCCAGCUGUGAGAUGCUGUCCGGCAGCUGGCGCAAGACUGCACUGCCCUCGGCGGCCAGAGGGGGCAGCGUGGUGCUGGAGGCCCAGUAUGACUACUCGUACCGGGCCACGGACGGGCGGCAGGUGUCGAUGCGCGAGGGCGAGCGCUUCGUGCUGCUGCGCAAGGCCAACGACGACUGGUGGCAGGUGCGCCGCAUGGGCGCCCCGCCCAAGUCGAAGCCCAUCUACGUGCCCGCGACCUACGUGACCGAAGUGCAGGCCAAUGUCCGCCUGGUGGCCAGGGCCUCCCUCACGCCCUGCUCACAGUCACCCUGCCCAGCGCCCGCCAGGACCUUCUGCCGCUCCAUGGAAGACCUCAACUCCACCUUCCGCGGCCGGGGGGCCGGGGGCCACUUCCCCACGCUGCCCUUCGCCGGCCCCCCUCCCUCCUCCUCCUCCGGCCACCUCCUGCUGCCCCCGGACCCCUCCGGCCCCAUGGCCCGCAGCAAGAGUUCCAGCAUGCUGCCCCAGAACCCCUAUCAGGAGCCCGAGGCGGGGGGCAGCCCCAGCGGGGCCCCCCACACCAAGAGCUACAGCCAGGGGGACAUCGUGGAGGCCCCCCGCAGGCACAGCCACCUGCAGCUGGGGGCCCAGCCCUACAUCCCGCGCCACUCCCUGCUGGAGUCGCCCCUCUACAGCUCCCGGCGGCUGUCGGAGCCGCCCAGCCCGACCCAGCGGCCCCUGCAGGUGCUGGACCUGUGGGAGCAGCACCUGGACCCCGUCACGGGCCGCUGCUUCUACGUCAAUAGCGUGACCCGUGAGCGAUCCUGGAAGCCGCCCCGCCGGGCCAAGGAGCGCGCUGCCAGCCGGGUUCAGCCCUGUGACCCAGCUGUCACUGGUUCUGGGAGACGCCCAGAGGCGACUGUGACACGACAGAGCAGCGCGGAGGCUAGUCCUUUCCAGGGAGGAACGUUCCCUCGGGACUCCAACCAGCUUUCGUCCCCAAGUCAGGAUUCUGGGAAUGGGAGUCUGCAAAAGACCUCACGGCACCUCCCCCCACCCCCCCCGGGCCCUACGGAGGUGAUUUCCAGUCAGGGAGCCGAGGAAAGACCCUGCCUCCCCUCGGACAGACCGGCUGACGCUGGCAGCUCGAACGCAGGCAGGACCGAGCAGAGGGCUCCUCGCAGCAGAGACUGCCCAGAAAGAACCGAGCUCGGAGACAGACUCCCCUCUGCUCAGCUGCCCAUGGACCCGAUGAGUGAGAGCCUUCUCUCUCCUGGCUCCAGCCCAGUCACCUACAUCUACAGCGUGCAGGACGCCGACAGCAGCUGGGAGCUGAGCCAGAAUAUCCAGCGAGCUGCAUCCUCCGACGCCCUGAAUAGCGCCCCCUUCAGCCCCACUGAGGCGCAGCUCCGGAACAGCAGUGCUCUGCCCAAGAUCGAGAGGCUGAACCACGCCCGCUCCAUGAUCCUGACCGAGCAGAGUGAGGCCAAGAUGGCCCAGCACCGCAGAAACAUGUCUCAUCACGUCCUGGGUGGCAGGGGCAUGGAGCCCCUCUCCCCGAUCAGCUCUCCGGACAGCUCUGAGAGCACCACCCCGGAGCUGGAAAAGGCCGGCAUGCUCAAUAAGACUAAAAUUGCUGAAGGGGGCAGGAAGCUAAGGAAGAACUGGAAUGCCUCUUGGGUAGUGCUGGUGGGGAACAGCCUGGUUUUCUUUAAGGACCCCAAAACGCAGACGCCCUCCACUUGGGUAAGUCAGUGCGCCCCCUGGUGGAGAUCCCUUGCCACAAUCACAGUGCAGCCCUGUGGAUGCGUACUGUAUGUGUGCCUGCCAGACUGCAGAAGCACAGCUGCCUCUAACGAGUCAAUGCAGCAGACUUCUUCAGAAACCAUGAAAUGUUCCCCUCAGCUGCGGACAGUGACUGGGAACGAGUUCCUGCUGCAGUCGGAGACGGACUCGGUGAUCCGGGAGUGGUACAGCACCAUCCAGAGUGUCAUCGACCGCCUGGACCGGGAGAACCCCCUGGACAACGUGCUGCUGUACUCCCUGCGCCGCGCUGGCAGCACCGAGAUCCUGGACCACAGCGGAGACGAAGACGACAUCCGGGCCAGCCGCAAGUCCUCUUCAGUGCUGCGCUCCACCUCCAGCGCGGAGAGCUCGGAGAAGAAGCGGGUGAAGAGCCGGCUGAAGAAGCUGAUCUUGAAGAGGCCGCCGCUGCAGGCCCUGCAGGAGAAGGGCCUGAUCAAGGAACAGGUGUUCGGCUGUCGGCUGGACGCCCUGUGUGAGAGGGAGAAGAGCAGUGUGCCGAAGUUCGUGCGGUUGUGCGCGGAGGCCGUGGAGAAGAGAGGCCUGGAGACAGACGGGAUCUACAGGGUGAGUGGGAAUCUGGCCGUCAUCCAGAAGCUGCGCUUCAAGGUGGACCACGAGCGAGCCGUGACCACGGACGGGAGGUAUUUGUUCCCCGAGGAACUGGUCCAAGAGGAGAAGCUGAACUUGGAUGACAGCGAAUGGGAGGACAUCCACGUCAUCACCGGGGCUCUCAAGAUGUUUUUCCGGGAGCUGCCCGAGCCCCUCAUUCCCUACAGUUUCUUCAAUGACUUUGUGGAGACCGUCAAAAUACCUGACUAUAUGGAGAAGGUAGAGCGCAUGAAGUGUCUGGUGAAAAAAUUGCCGCCUCCCAACCACGACACCCUGAACUACAUCUUGCAGCACCUCAAGAGGGUGAUGGAGCAGUCCGACAUCAACCGCAUGACCACCCAGAACAUCGGCAUCGUGUUCGGCCCGACGCUGAUGAGGCCCGAGAGAGACAACUCCAACAUAGCCAUCAACAUGGUGUACCAGAACCAGGUGGUGGAGCUCAUCCUCAGCGAGUACAGCCAGAUCUUCGGCCCAGAGAGGCCAGACUUCCACUGACCUGUCCGCGGGGCACGGUGUUGGCCGGCCUCCUCCGAACGACACUCGUGCGGUCUUCCGCCAUCUUUCUUUUUCCCUGCUGUCUUGGGAAGGGACAGUAGCCGCAGGAUUCGGCAGCCGUCCACCAGGACAGUGACUGUGAUGGGUGGGCUGGGAGAGAGAAAGGGGCGAGACUUCGAUGUUGCACUGGUCACCUUUACACUGUUUUCACUGGAGUUUGUAACCGACUCUGUCUCAUGCUCGCUCUGUCAUGCAUGGGCCGCUCUCAAAGCCCCCUGGUGGUGAAGAAGACAGAGAUCAAAACGUUGUACUAGCAGACUCCUGCCACUGAAGCAGGCCACGGGGACGCGAAUCACGAGCUUCUCCCUGAAAUCACUGUGGCUCGGGUUCCCUGAACGGCUUGGCAUUCCUCUAGGUCUGCGAUUCAAUCCCAUAGUCCCUUGCAGUCGGGGCCAGUGAGACACAGGAGAUUAGAGCAAGUCAGAUGCCGAAACGUUUUUUAAAUUAUUUUUUAAUGUUUUUUUAACAGUCGUGUCUGAUUCGUACAGGCUCCCUCGAAAGACGUGGCGUGGUGCCGGAGAUUUGGCACAGAUAUUUGUACGAGAAGGGGCCGGUGGUGUGGGAGCGCUCAGGAGGGGAGGCUUGGCUUGUGUUUUCCCAGAAUUCUCUUCCUUUGUAACAGGCUGUCUGCCGUGCGGUGAAUCCUGGACUCACCUGUCUAACUGGCCGUCUUCCACAGCCAGCAAUCAAUGGAGAAGACAUUUUAACACCAGCACCAUAAGACUUCAACGUUGUAGUCCUCCAAGACAGGACUUAUUCAUGCUGUUUAAUUUUUUUGGGCAAAAAUGAAGCACUGUUUUAUUACAUAAAUGUGGAUGCAGAAAUGA